AAUAAUAUCAAGAAGUAUGUCAAGUUACAAUAAAAGCAAGUGGAAGUCGGAGGACACUUUACAUUUAAUAAGUUUAAUAGAAGAUAAUCAGUGCUUAUGGAAUGUGACAUUAGCUGAUUUUAAAGACAGAUUAAAAAGAGAGAAGGCAGUAUGUAACAUUGCUUCUGAAUUAAAAAUAUCUUCUGAGGAUGUUAAAAAGAAAAUACACAGUUUACGAACACAGUACACGAACGAACGUUCUAAAAUGAAAAAGUUUAAAAGCGGAGACAGUACAACUGAUCGCUAUAAGACUAAAUGGGAGUUUUAUAAUGCUUUACAAUUUAUGUUUCAACACAGUUCAGCAAAUGAAACGAUUGAUUCCAUGAAAAUGAGAGUGAGUGCUACAAAUGACGACCAGACUCAUGACGUCGGCGACGCUGGAAUUACGAAUAUGGAAGACGAUAUAAGUAACAAAGAUGCAGAAAAUGAUGAUCCUGGGGAAAUUCAUAGUCAACCGCUAUCGCAGUUAAAUUUGCCUUCGCCCUCAUGUUCUCAAAAGCCUAAUCAUUCUCAGCAAAGAUCUUUAAAAAGGAAAAGAGGAAAAACUGAUCAGCAAUGUAACGUUGAUGCUCAAGAAGAGGCAACGAUUGGCCAUUGCCUUCAAGUGCUAAAUGCACCACAGCGUGUUACAGAUGAAUAUUCAACAUUUGGCGAUCAUGUAGCAAAUGAACUAAGGCUGCUAAAAGACGUGGAAGAUGUACAGUUUACUCUAAAAAGUUCAAUUCUAAAAGCGAUUUUGGAGGCCAAUACAGCAGCACAUGCUGCAAGAAAAUAUAAAAAACAGUCAUCUGCAUCUGCAACACCACUGCUUUCACCUAACUUGUCGAAUGAUUCUCCUUUACUAGUAGAAAAUUUACAGCCAGAAAAUAGUGUGUCUUCCGGCGAUAAAUUUUAUGAUAAUGCACCGACAUAUACAGUGCUGCUUACGCAGAAUUUUUCCGAUGCGAAUCUCACCACUGAUAACAAUUUGUUAAAUUAAAUGCCUACUUGAUUUCUGUACUAUUUUCAUCAAUAAAAAUAAGCAUUUUAUACCU